CGAAUCUUUUUCUCAAAUUUUAUAUGCGAAUUUUUGUUUUUAAUUUUUCACUAAGGACAAGUUGAGUUUGAAUUUAUACGGAGGCGAAUUCGUGAGACUCAAAGCGUGCUUUGAUUUCGUUUGGAGAAUAACGUGAGUGGAUGGAUUUAAAUUUGAAGAAAAUCGAGGAAAACCCAAGGAUUGGAAGCAUUGAUUGUACGCGUUUUCGAUUGUGAAAAAAAGGACGCGUUGCUACAGUCAUCGAAGUUGAAACGGGGGUUGCGGCCGAAAAGGGAUGAUCGAAUAAUAAACGCGUAAUUCAAACGACGCGUUGCAUCGUUGAAAGAUUUAGGGAAUUAUAGAGAGAAGUAGACAGGGAAUCGCGUGCUUUAGUGUUUACGGCGAGACGUGAGAAUGUGAAUUUUCUCAGUGAAGUGAUACAUUUUUGAAACAAGUAUGACGAAUACACGAGUAAAUUAAUGGAUACUCUGUCUGGCUGCUGCUAACAGAUUGUAUAUAAAUAUCCAAGGCUGACUUUGCUCUUCCAGUCCAUCGGUUCAACAACGUUGAUUCAAAGUUUGUUUCUUGGUGUUGAAGUGAACAAACAAACAACGCGAUGUGCAGUGAGCAGUGACGCUUGUAGUGGCUGCUAGUGGCUGUUCAAUCUGCGUCUAUAGAGUUGAACUGAAAAUGAAGGAAUGACAACGCCGACAUUCACGAUGAAGCCCAGAUUGUCCUCUCUCUUCCUGAUGUUCUACCUGCUCCUCGUCCUGCCCGGAGUUCAUCCAUUCAGCUCAGUCGAAGAAGCAGAUCAGGAUGGUGUUGAGGACGACGGAGCCUACGGCUUGGAGGAGGACGACAUGCCCUCGGCAACGAUCGCGACCGACACUGAACUGAUUUCUGGUGGUAGUGGUUCACUGCCAGUAUUCCUGACCGAGCCAUUGGACUCUUACGUGGUGAAGAGUAAGCCAGCCACGCUGCACUGCAGAGCUGCGAAAGCGUUGGAAAUAUACUUCCGGUGCAACGGAGAGCGCGCUGUUGGCUCCCGGCCGUCAGACUUUGUAGACCCUCAGACGGGCACUAGGAUAGUCGAAGUGGAACUUGACGUGACGAGGAACCAGGUCGAGGAGUACUUCGGCCAGGACAAGUUCAAGUGCGAAUGUGUGGCAUGGUCGGGAUCAGGGCAAAUCACGAGUCAACCUGCCUCACUGGACGUAGCUUAUUUGAAAAAGCAAUUCGAAUCUCCGCCGUACUCUGUUUCGGUUGAAGUAGGUCAAGGAACGGAAAUCCGCUGCGUUCCACCCGCAGGUGUCCCACCGCCAAGAGUUGACUGGCUCCGUAAUGGAGUGAAGCUGGAUGCGCCGACAGACACAUUGCUUAUUUCGAGUGAAGGACACCUUCUUUUGGGUCAGGCAAAGCUUAGUCAUCAAGCGAAUUACACUUGUGUAGCGGAGAACAUCGCUGCGAAAAGGCUGAGCGAUCCUGCAAGCCUUACUGUCUACGUCAACGGCGGAUGGUCCUCAUGGUCAGCCUGGUCAGAGUGCAACUCGAGGUGCGGUAAGGGUGGUCAAAAAAGAACAAGGAAAUGCACGAAUCCUUCACCCCUAAAUGGUGGCGAUAACUGCAAAGGUCCUUCGACUCAGACGAACGACUGCAACACUGUAUGCCCUGCUGGAGCGAUAGAAGAUCAGUUCACUAACACCCUGGCUGUUGACGGGAGAUGGUCCACAUGGUCGAGCUGGUCGGUAUGUGGAAGCGACUGCUCAUAUACCAGAAGGAGAUAUUGCGACAACCCGCCGCCGAGUCAUGGUGGAAGGCCUUGUCAGGGUAGAGACAUCAGUGCGGCCAACUGCACGGGCGGAAUGUGCAACGUUGGUAGUGCGAAGAUUGGGGGUGCUCAGCUAGCCGAAGAAGCUAAUCGGCAGAUGGACGUAGCUCUUUACGUGGGCCUUACGGUAGCAUGUAUUGUGAUCGGGGGCCUGGCGUUUUUCCUGGCAAGAUUGCUGAGGCGAAAGGGUCGCGAUCAUUCCUUGUACUCGAUGGCACGUAACGACUUUCAGCCCGAAUUUUUUCCUGAUCAGGACAAAAAACUGAGCUUGCAGCCAGACGUCACGGCUACAACGGUCCCGGCCUGCUACGAGUAUCCUUUCGAUCCGAAACUGUCCAUGUCUAGGUCUCUAUCCGAGCACCAUUACGACGUUCCCCACCUCUCGAUCGCCCCUCAACCAUCCCCCAUGUCCCCGACCCCCAGCACAUCCACCCAGGAGUCCUGCAGCGACAAGCAAAUUCAUUCGGAUAGUGAGAACAGCGUGACCAGCUCUUACCCAUCCUCGGAUUCGACCUAUAACGUCGCGUCGGACACGGUGAGGCUGCCCAAACUCGAGACCGGAAACAUUGCCAGGGCGAUCGUUAACACUCGCGGCGCUUUACUCGUCCUUCCUGACGCCGGGAUUUCGAUGUCAGUCCCAGAGGGUUCAGUUCCAAAGUCCCUGCGUGAAGAAUUGUAUCUCGCAGUUUUAAACGAGGAUCGAUUUAGGCCGAGACUUCCUGAUGGAGUAACUCAGUUGUCAGCCGUGGUGACCUGCGGUCCUUCGUCAGCGUCUUUCAACAAGCCUGUCAUCCUGCAGUUCGAGCACUGCGCGAUGCUGCACCCAAGCACAUGGGAGCUGAGCGUAUGGGCGUCUGAUAUAGACCUCGACGAAGUGUCCGGGGAACAAGUGACCUGGACCCGCGUCUUGACCCUCGGAAACGAGACCAUAAAUACCCCGCUGUUCACGCAGCUUGAUCACGCCGAGGCUUUCAUAGUUACCGAGCAGCUGAGGGGCUACGUUCUGGCCGGAGAAAGCAGUCAGAACACGAUAGCGACCAAAAGGCUGAGACUGGCGCUCUACGCUAGCCAGGGAAACCAGUGCUGUGUCAGGGUUUACGCCAUCGAAGAUACGAAGGCUGCCAUGAAAACGAUCACCGACAGAGAGUCACAGAUCCGAGGUUACCUCCUGGACAAACCCAGGACGCUACUCUAUCAGGACAACGGAGAGUCGCUCUGCAUCAGUAUGGAGGAAGUGGGCAACGAGUGGCAGAGCAAAUCUCCGACCGAGUACCAGGAGAUCUCUUUCAAGGAAGUAUGGAACUGUCAGGAGAACGGGCAACACGUCUCUUUCACCCUGGACGGUGCAUUCGGACCCUCCACGUCGAGGAGCUACAAGCUCCUUGUCUGCCAGGGAAAUUCCGACACGCGACAGGUCUUCAGAAUCGUUUAUGACGGCGCGAAGCAGCUCGUCUCUUCCGGUAGCGUGACCAGACCAUUGAGAGAGGUUACCGUGGUCAGUAGUGGACACGCCAACAACACGACCACCGACUCCGCUGCUCUGAGACCAUUCAGGUUUACCAGGUCCCUUAGGAAACAGCUGUGCCAGUGCUUGGACCCGCCUAAUGCCCUCGGGAACGACUGGAGGAUGCUGGCGCAGAGACUUCAAGUCGAUAGGUACAUAAACUACUUUGCAACCAAGGCCAGCCCCACGGAACACAUCCUGGACCUCUGGGAAGCGAGACAUCGCGAGCCAACGGCUGUCACUGACUUAUUGAAUCAUCUCAGAGUUAUGGGACGGACAGAUGCCGCGACGAUACUUGAGGCCCAGCUUGGACCAUGGCUGUGAGGUGCUCGUGAAACGAGGUGAUAAACGCGUUUAGUGACAGAAGUGAAAUGUUGUGAAAUGACACUCAAGUGCACAUGACUAUGUUUAACUUCGAGAUGCGAUCCGGGACAGUGAACCUCGAGUGUUUCAACGCCGUCGUAAGAGAGUUCUCAAGAUGCGCUAUCGAUUUCUAUCGAAAUUUACAUAAACAGAUAAAUAGAAAUCUGUGAAAAUGACAGCGAGCAGCAGAUGGUCUCUGACUACCGGGUGAUAUAAUGCGACGGAGAGAUAGAAUCUUCGAACGGAGUGAAUCGUGUAAGGACUACAAAUUGGCGGAACGGAAUGAGUGGCCGAUGAACUUUUUCGGAUCGACA